GCUACAGUGGUUUGGAUGGAUCUUUCUUUCAGGUCAAACUUGAAGGGCAAAUCGAUUCUCUUCUUUUCUUGGCGGACAUCUGAUGCUACAGAUUCAAAACCCUUUUCGACGCUCCCUUGUUCGUCCAAUCGAAUCGACCCGCUCGAUCGAUUUCCUCUCCUUUCCGGGGGUUUUCUAAUGGCGGUGCCGGUGGUGCGAUUCCCGAUCUUCGCAGUGGUGAGAGCCCUAGGAAUUGCUGUGGCUGCACUGGUUCUUGUAUGGACUGUGCAUUACAGAGGCGGAUUGGCUCUCGUAUCCGAGAACAAGGAUCUCAUUUUCAACGUUCAUCCUGUGUUGAUGCUGAGUGGCCUCGUGCUUCUGAAUGGCGAAGCGAUCCUAGCGUACAAGACUGUAUCGGGAACAAAGAACUACAAGAAGUUAGUUCAUCUUCUCCUGCAGUCACUAGCUUUUUGUCUGAGCAUCAUUGGACUAUGGGCUGCGUGGAAGUUCCAUAUUGACAAAGGGAUCGAUAACUUCUAUAGCCUCCAUUCGUGGCUCGGCCUGGCCUGUCUUUCUUUAUUUGGAGUUCAGUGGGCUGCUGGAUUCACGACUUUCUGGUACCCUGGAGGAUCAAGAAAUAGUCGAGCUGGCCUAUUGCCAUGGCAUGUAUUCUUCGGUGUUUAUAUCUACGUGCUUGCAGUGGCGACUUGCACCACGGGGUUUCUGGAGAAGAUGACGUUUCUUCAGACGGGUAAAGUAAUUUCGCGCUACUCGGCUGAGGCGUUGCUGGUGAAUUCGUUGGGAGUGUUGAUCGUCGGGUUGGCGGGAUUUGUGGUUCUUGGGGUUGUUUCUCCUGUCUAUGGAAAAGGUGAUCCUCACAGAGGAAUAGCAGAAUAGCUGCAUCAAACUCCAUUGUUGAGACAUUGUAAGCUUUUUAUACAUAUACUGCAAUUGAUUGAAGAACAUUCAUAACCAUACGUCAGUUAAACAUAAUCAGCAUUA